AUGGCAAUGCCGUCAGCUGGUGCAGCUGCUGCUGCCGUCCCUAGCGCCCAAGUGGUUGGUAAUGCUUUUGUGGAACAGUAUUACCACAUCCUUCACAGAUCUCCCGAGCUAGUGUACAAAUUUUAUCAAGAUGCUAGCAUCCUUAGUCGCCCUGAUUCUGAUGGCACAAUGACGUCUGUGACAACCAUGCUAGCAAUCAACGAAAAGAUUCAGUCUUUUGAUUACAAGAACUACAAGGCAGAGAUCAAAACUGCAGAUGCUCAAGACUCCUACCAGGCGGGCGUUAUUGUUUUAGUGACAGGAUGUUUAACUGGAACAGACAAUGUGCGGCGGAAAUUCACGCAGACAUUUUUCCUUGCUCCACAAGAGAAAGGAUAUUUCGUUUUGAAUGAUGUUUUUAGGUAUGUCGAGGAGAGUGAACCAUCCGAGGUUAAUUCUGUAUUGGCAAAUGGUGCUGCUGACAACGUUCCUGUAACCACGCCUUUAACAUCAGAUCCAGAACCUGGUCAUGCUCCGGAUCGUACUGCAUUUGACUCUGUAAAUGCCGCAGAAACAGACGAAGCCUACAAUGGUCCAGAGGUUUGCGACCCUUCUGAUAAUGAAGAUGGCUCAGUUGUGGAAGUGGAGCCAGUUAAUGAGCCACCACCUAAGACAACUGAAGUUGAGUUUGUUCAAGGUGUUGGUCCAGAUUCUUCUGCUACCCUAGAGGAAAAGAAAUCUUAUGCUUCAAUAGUCAAGGUUACCAAAUCAGCUACUCGUACUACUCCAGUGUAUGUUCCCACAAGCAGUGCAAGAACAACAGCUGUCAAUGCCAAUCAACAGGCUCGUCGUUCUGAAAAGUCUCUUGUUGAAACACAAGCCCCAGCUCCUGCAGUUGAAAGUGGUCCAGAAAGUAGCAAUGUCCAUGAAGAAGGGUACUCCAUAUAUGUCCGCAAUCUGGCCUUGAAUGCAACUGCUCAACAACUUGAGGAGGAAUUUAAAAAAUUUGGGCCGAUAAAGCAUGACGGAGUGCAAGUUAGAAGUAACAAGCAAGGUUCGUGUUUUGGGUUUGUGGAAUUUGAGUCACUGGAGUCCAUGGAGAACGCAAUCAAGGCAUCGCCCAUAAACAUCGGGGGUCGGCAAGCUGUAGUUGAAGAAAAGAGAACCAACACACGAGUUGGGAGCAGUGGUCGCGGGAGGUACACUUCUGGGAGUGGAGGUUAUCGAAGUGAGAGUUUUCGCGGACGUGGAAACUAUGGUGGUGGCAGGGGUUAUGGCAGGAGCGAGUUCCGUAACCAGGGUGAGUUUUCGAGCAGACCUAAGGGUUCUGGUGGCCGCAAUGUAGAGACCUAUCAACGGGUAGACCAUAGUGGAAGUGGGAGAUUCAGUCGUUCUCAUCAAAGUCAAGGUGCUGGUAGCAAAGGCGGCGCUGCUACAUCUUCUUCGUAG